UUCAAAAGAAACACCAGUUGCAUAUUCUCUUUUUCACCAUUUCACUCUCAAAACGUUUGGUUGGUGAAAACUACACUUUCUCCUACUCCUUCUUGCUGUAUACGCAUAUCGAAGAGAAUUAAAAAUCAAACCAAAGAAUUCUGCUUUCUUCCAACAAGAAACCCUCUUUGUUUUGUUUCCAAAACUAAGCAUUUUAUUUUUUAUUUUUUAGUUUUUGGCAAAAAUUGAGGAACCCGCUCUGUUUUUAUUUGAAGUUUUAAACUUCUUGUAAUCACCUAACUCAAGAUCCAAUCUUUUUUCGUGGGAAAUUGUGAAGAAGAGAAGAAAAAGAGGCGAUAUUAUGGGGAUAUUGUAUGAUGAUUUGGUGUUAAUUAGGCAGUCAGAGAAAGAAGGGGAACCCAGUGUAAUUACUGUCAAUUGUCCAGACAAGACUGGUUUGGGCUGUGAUCUUUGCCGCAUUAUUCUCUUCUUUGGCCUCACUGUUGUCCGAAUCGAUGUAUCUACGGAUGGGAAAUGGUGCUACAUAGUGUUCUGGGUUAUUGGCAAACCGAGUACGAGAUGGGGUUUGUUGAAGAAGAGAUUGAUGGGGGCAUGCCCUUCUUGUUCGUCAGCUUCUGGAAUUUCAUAUUACAGGGCAGAGUUGCAGCCACCGAAGCCUCCUGAUGUCUUCCUGUUGAAGCUCUUUUGCCACGAUAGAAGGGGCCUUUUGCAUGAGGUGACAGAGGUUCUUUGCGAGCUUGAGCUUACAAUAAAGCGAGUUAAGGUAUCAACCACUCCAGACGGGAAAGUGUUGGAUCUCUUCUUCAUAACCGAUACAAGGGAACUUUUACAUACAACAGCGAGACAGGACGACACAUAUGACCAUUUAAAAGCUGUUCUAGGGGAUGACAUGAUCACUUGUGACAUAGGGAUUGUCAGUCCUGAAAUUGCUGCAUGUUCACAAGGAUCCUCAUUUCUUCCUGAUGCAAUUACAGAAGAGAUGUUCAAUACAGACAUGAACAAUGAACACAAAAAUGGAUCUAUGUACUCCAAAAGCCCAUCUAUCACGAUUGAUAAUUCGUUGAGUCCUGCUCACACACUUGUCCAGAUUGUUUGCUUGGAUCAUAAAGGUCUUCUGUAUGAUAUAAUGAGAACUCUGAAGGAUUAUAACAUCCAGAUUUCUUAUGGACGCUUCACAAAGAAAGGGAAACUAGACUGCGAGCUAGACUUGUUUAUCAUGCAAGCAGAUGGUAAGAAAAUAGUUGAUCCCAGCAAACAGAAUGCACUGCUCUCCCGUCUUCAAGUAGAACUAACUCAUCCUCUCAGAGUAGCACUGGUAAGCCGUGGCCCUGAUACUGAGCUGAUAGUCGCAAACCCUGUUGAGUUAUCAGGCAAGGGUCGUCCCCUGGUUUUCCAUGACAUAACUCUUGCUCUCAAGAUGCUCAACAAAGCAAUCUUUUUGGCUGAAAUUGGGAGGUACAUGAUUGGAGAACGGGAAUGUGAAGUCUACAGAAUUUUAUUAGACGAGGGGGAUGGUUUUUCUGUCGCGAGGAAAGAAAUACAAGAGUCCGUGUGGAAAAUGUUGAUGGGUUGGGAUUUAUAAUGGUUAAGCAUAAAAUGUUUUGCAGGGUUGCAACAGAACCUUGGCCUGUGUAUGGUAUGCUUCGACCUUGAUCAUCAUCUACACAAUGUACAUAUCUUCACUAUUUGUUUAUGUAUAAAAUGUUUAGCUUUUUAUAAGUUGUACUUAGCUUCUGUAUGACUGACCUUUCAUGUAAACAAGCGAAUAUCUGAUGAAAGGAUGAAAAGGUAAGUCAAGCCUUCUGGGGGUGUUUCUCUUGAAGUAGAAGUCAAUACCUUAGGUGGGAAAUAUAACUUGUAACAUCCGUUCCAACCGUACAUGAGGAUAUUUAUUUACUGUAACGUUUUUAUGCUAGAGAUGGAUGCCAAAAGUUACUGGAAGAAUAAGUUGUACAGAAUAUUUUCUUUAGAGCUGGAAUAUAUGGUGUUAUAUUCUUGCUGUUUGACUGCAGUUUUCUAUCAGCAAAUUUGAUGCUCUCCUGGUUAUGUAUUA